AUCUACUCAUACAUAUCUGUGCUCACUUCAGCCUACUUCCGUCCGGUUAUGGCCGGUGUCAUUUAUGGAGAUCCCUAAAUAAAUUGCUGUUUGCGAGGAGGUGGUGUUAGCCAACACAACAUGUCCGCGGCGGCUUUAAAAUGUCUUUGCUGCGGCUCUUCCAGCGUUGUAGAGGAGGACCAUUACACUCAACGUCAGAUGGUGUGUGUGGACUGUGGCGCUGUGGCGUCCGAAGGGGCGCUCACUCACGAUACUUUCGAAGGCACAGAUAUAAGCUACAGCCGCACAACUGCUGUGUCGAAAAAGCCAUGUUUAAACCAAAGGAAAGGCCUGCAGCGACUAACAGCCCUCUGCAGAGUCCUGCGGGUCAACAGCGAAAUCGAAAGGAUAGCCAGCGAGUAUUUCGCACGGGCUUAUGAGCACGAGAGCUUCCUUAAGGUGAGCCUACAGAAGAAGGAGAUCCUGGUGGGCUGCUGCGUGCUGGCCAGCUGUAGGCAGCUCAACUGGCCUGUCAGCAUGGGCACCAUUGGGUGCCUGCUAGAAGCCGACAUGGCAAUGACGGGCGCCGUUUACCAGGAGAUGAUGAAAGUUCUCCGGCUUGAAGUGCCGCACAUCAGUGUGAGCGACGUGAUGGAGUCGCAUUGUAAAGAGUACAAAAUUAGCUCCCUUGACGUAGAAGAAUGCUUUGCCGAGGACCACAGGGACAUACAACAACGAGCCUUGUCCCUGAUAGAGCUGGCCGCCGACUCCUGGAUCGUAACUGGACGCAGGCCCGUCCCCUUAAUGAUGGCGACGGUCUACUUGGCAUGGCAGUCCCUCAAUCCCACCCUCGUUCGCCUAAAUGUGUCCCUGCCGAAGUUCUGCCGCAUCGCCAAGGUGAGACAAAACCAGACCGCCGCCAAGAGAGUGGGCGAGAUCAAGACCGUGCUUUGCAAAUUGGGUAAGGAGAUCCCUUGGGUGACUGAUCCGGUGACGUCGGCCAACGUGGUCAGGUACGUGGAUGAUAUCGUCAAGAACAGAUACGCGUUAUUGCGGAGGGCUUUGAGGAGCCACGAGCAGGCCAUGCAGGAGGAAAGUCAACUCUGCUGUGAAAAGGGAAAUCCCUCUGAGCAAGAAAAUCAGACAUUACGCACAACAAAUUUCCAUUCUGAGAAGUCUAAACAGCCAGGAGAGGGCAGCGAGUUCAAGGCUCAUCAAGAUCUCGAACCCAACUGGGGUAAGAGGAUGGUUUUCGCGCCACCCUGUGUGAUUCACGCCAAGAGACGGAGAGCGGUGACAGAAAGCCUCGAAGGCGUAACUGGCCAUGAGGAGAUCUCGGACAGUGAAAUUGAGUCCUACAUCCGUACACCGCAGGAGGUCAGGGAAUUUGCUCUGGCGCAGAAGGCUUGGCUGUCACAGACUGAUCAGAACAAAUGUGAAUAAUGAAGAAUGGAGCGAGUGUACUUCUGUUGUUCAACUAUGCACUUGUAGAUAACUGCUCGAAAUAACACUCGAGAGAAGGCUCCAUUUUCGUUUUACAAUUUUCUUCAUCUGACUACAAUUAUGUUGCUCAUUCAAAGCUUUUAUCUGUAGAUGCACAAACUAUGCUGAGGAUUUGUGAUGUGCAUAAAUACUGUACACAUAGUCACAUACCUCACGCUAUCAUAACGCAGCAUUCAUUUUCUUCAUCACAUUUCCAUCAGAGAAACAUCUGAGUUAUGCAAAGGUAGUAGCCAUAGAUCAAAAAUUGAUGAAAAACUGUAUCAUCAAUAGCUGUCCAUUUUUUAAAUGCAUUCAAUUUAGUCUAAGUUUGCCACGUGUUAAAACCUAAUAUAGACUUAAAUCUUUUUCUUCAAUGUGACAUUUGAAUCACAUUAACCAAUGUUCAAACAAUUCAUAGUGAUUUUUAUGGCCUAUCCCCCCACUUAUAUACAGGUAACGUGCUUUAUUAUCACACUCAAUAGCCACAGACGACAGAGCAUACACGUCCCUUCAUUGUGAAGAUGACAACUUGAGAACUUUUAACAACCACAACUUUAACAAUAUGCCAAGUGUACAUAUCAUCCAACAUAAAACAAACUACAUGAGACAGACUAAUAAUUAUAAGACAGUGUGAUUACAAUGUAAUAACAACAGUAAUAUGCAUAAAAUAUUUCAUAGUUAAUCAUACAAGAAGUGCUCCCUUCAGAAUGGCAUUUGGCUUACAGGAGGUCCAGAGUUUAAUUGUUGUUGUAGUCUGCAUGCUGUGUGAAGUUGUCAGUGCAAUUUUUUUUAACAGCAGUUAGUCCAUUGGAGAGGAACGCAUGACCGAAAUAAAUUUUCAAAUCUG